AGGGGAGCUGCUGCCCCACACGCAUUCAGCCAGCCCAAGUUUCAGGCUGCAACAGCAAUGCUGAAGAAUGACUACCUGCGAUCUCUCCCUACUGUCAAGAAACCAAUAUGAGGCGUCACACCACAAAUAUUGCUUAAAUCACCCUUAAAGCUUUCCCAUUUUUUUCCAAUUCUCCAAUAUUUUGGGGAAUGGCAAUACCCCAGUGUUGCCAUUUAGUCCCACUUGUCUGUGGGAGUCUUUCCUUUGCCUACAAUGGACUUCGGGUCAGGUACCAGGUAGGGCUCUACAGGCUGUUACACACAAAUGCUGAUUCCAAUGUGAAUUCUUUGAUCUUACCAAAGUUCUUCAGGGUGCCACUUUUCUAGGGCCUUUUCCCCAGAACAGCUUUUGAGGAGCUCCUGGUCUUUUUGCGCAGAUACAAGCAACUGCUGCCCUUAUGCAGCCAUUUUAUAGAUGUGUGUGUCUGCUGUGCUGUAUGUCCUUCUCUUCCGGCGGGGGAAAAAGCUUAACUGUGAAGAUGAUAGAUCCACUAGCAAACAACUUAUUUGAUCUUCCUGAGUAUGAUGCUACAGAAGAUGAAACAUUUCCACCUCUUCCACCUCCUUCCUCCCCAGGGAGAGAUGAUGUUGAAGGAGCCCUCACCAAUGAAGAGCAAGAUGGAAAUAAACCAUCCCAAACAAAGGAUUCUACUGUGUCUACACAGAAAGCAACUAAAAGGCCACUACCUAAAUUAGAUGCUCAAAGGCUAAUUUCAGAGAGAGGACUUCCAGCCUUGCGACAUGUAUUUGAUAAUGCAAAAUUUAAGGGUAAAGGACAUGAGACAGAGGACUUGAAGACACUUUUGAGACAUAUGGAACACUGGGCUCACAGGCUGUUUCCGAAACUGCAGUUUGAUGAUUUCAUUGAGAGAGUAGAAUAUUUGGGAAAUAAAAAGGAAGUUCAAACCUGCUUAAAGCGAAUUAGACUUGAUCUUCCAAUUUUACAUGAAGAUUUUCCAAGUAAUGAAGGUAGUAGAGGGGGAAAUAAUGCCCUCAAAAUGUCUCCUGAAGAAGAAUUAGACCCCUUUUCUGAAAAUGUGAAGGAAGAAUUUGAUUCUCACUCAAGUACUGCCCUAACAGAGGAGCAACAGCGAAGAAUUGAGAGGAACCGGCAACUAGCCUUGGAAAGAAGACAGGCAAAGAUGCAAUUUAACAGUCAGUCUCAAGAAAAUGAUCUGUUUGCCACCCAGCCAAAUGAAAAUUUUAAAACAAUUGAGGCUCAGGAUGCAGAUGACCUGACAGAAGUAGAAAUUCAAGCUGCUGAAGCCAAAGGUGCUGAUAUGGAAGCUACGGACAAAGAUAUACAACUUAAAUGUGCAGAAGAAAUCAAAUAACCUUUCUGUCUGGAUACAAUGAUGUUUUUAGAAGGACCCAGAUAUCUUAAUAUGCUUAAGUGUCAUUGACUUCUCUUCCCCCCUACCCUUGGACAUUCUAUGGAAAUCUUAUUCAUGACAUUAAUGUAGCUGGACAAAAUUAAUCAGUUUCCCUGUGUAAAAAAGCAGAUAGCAGCUAUAGUAGCUAUUUUCUCCAACACCUUAAUUCAGGAAAGGAGUAUAACUACGCGACAUCAACUGGUUUUUAAUUUCUUGGAACUAUACUAUGAAGUGAUUUUUUUUUUUUUACAAUUGACAUUCCUCAAGCUUAACUUACCUGGUCUUGAAAGCCUGAGUUUGUAUAAAGUUUUUUACAUCCUGUUAAUUUUUUUUUUUUCAAUAGAACAUAAGUGAUGGUUCAGUGUCAGGAACUUCUUGCUUAGUAUGAACAUUCACCCUGUCUUAACUGUUCUGAAGCAUUUUGUAACAAUACUUCGUUUUGAAAUACUUAUUUUAGUAAAUUAUUUUAUACAGCA